UCGUGUUAAAAUUUGAGUCAAAACAGGGACAUUUGAGACGUAUGGUAUCAAUUAUAUAAAAAUAAAUUCCAUGAGAAACGCACAAAGGUUUAAUGGCGAUGUCAUCUGCUCAUUAUGACAACCAUUGGGCGAUUUGUAUUUUACCCCUUUGAGUUUCCAAACAAGGCGGCCCAAAACUCCCGGUUGCCGUAACGCGACGGACUAUGGUUACGGUCGGAAUUAUUGCCUACUGUCCUAAUUCCGUUCUUGGAAACCUAUUCAUUUAAUUGCUCAGGAUGGAUCCCAACAGGAUUAUUCAGGCACUGAAAGGCACAAUAGAUCCAAAGCUAAGAAAAAGUGCAGAGAAUGAGCUUAACCAGUCUUACAAAAUCAUCAACUUUGCUCCUACAUUACUCCAAAUAAUUUUGUCAGAUCAGGUGGAAUUUCCUGUGCGACAAGCAGCUGCCAUUUAUUUGAAGAAUAUGGUGACACAAUAUUGGCCAGAUAGAGAACCCGCUCCUGGAAAAGUGAUAUUUCCUUUCAAUAUUCAUGAAAAUGACCGUCAGCAGAUUCGAGAUAACAUCAUUGAAGGAAUUAUACGCUCACCUGAUUUAAUCAGGGCUCAGCUGGCAAUGUGUCUGCGUGCAAUCAUUAGACAUGACUUUCCUGGCACUUGGACCACUGUGAUAGACAAAAUUGACUUUUAUCUGCAGUCACAAAAUAGUGCAAGCUGGAUGGGUAGUUUGUUGUGCUUAUAUCAGCUUGUCAAGACUUAUGAGUAUAAAAGGGGGAAAGAACGUGCUCCUUUAAUAGCAGCAAUGCAGAUAUUCUUGCCUCGCAUUCAACAACAAAUUAUGCAAAUUCUUUCUGAUAGUUCUCCCUUCUCAGUGCUAAUACAGAAACAGAUAUUAAAAAUCUUCUUUGCACUCAUUCAGUGUUCACUACCUCUUCUGCUGCUAAAUAACCAAACUAUGACUCAAUGGAUGGAGAUCUUCCGGACCAUAAUUGAUAGAGAUGUCCCACCAGAGACAUUGCAAGCUGAUGAAGAUGAUAGGCCAGAGUUGAUUUGGUGGAAGUGUAAGAAAUGGGCUGUGCACAUUGUAACUCGUCUUUUCGAAAGGUAUGGCAGCCCUGGUCAUGUGACCAAGGAGUAUUUUGAGUUUUCUGAAUUCUUCUUCAAGUCCUAUGCUGCUGGGAUACAGCAGGUGUUAUUAAAAAUAGUAGAUCAGUACAGACAGAAGCAGUAUGUUGCCCCUCGGGUCGUGCAGCAGGCUUUAAGCUACUUGAAUAAGGGUGUCAAUCAUUCAGUUACCUGGAAGCAAAUGAAACCUCAUAUGCAGAGUAUCUCUGAGGAGGUUAUAUUCCCUUUGUUGUGUUACAAAGAUGAAGAUGAGGAGCUGUGGCAAGAAGACCCCUAUGAGUACAGUCGAAUGAAAUUUGAUAUUUUUGUGGAUCAUGUGUCACCAUCUACUGCAGCCAAGGAUCUUCUGUGUACUGCAGCAAAGAAGCGGAAAGAGGUCUUACCGAAUAUGAUGACAUUUUGUUACCAGAUUCUUGCUGAUCCUAAUGCUGACCCAAGGAGAAAAGAAGGAGCUUUGCAUGUUGUAGGUUCUCUGGCAGAGCUUCUGAUGAAGAAGAGUGGAUUCAAAGAUCAAAUGGAGCUGAUUCUGCAGAAUCACAUCUUUCCAUUGUUCAGCUCAGAUCUGGGAUAUCUCAGAGCCAGGUCCUGCUGGGUUCUUCACAGGUUACGUUCUUUGAAAUUCCAGAAUGAACUCAAUUUAAGAAAUGCCGUUGAGCUCGCCAAGAAGAGCCUACUUGAAGACAAAGAAAUGCCAGUAAAAGUUGAAGCUGCUAUUGCACUAAAAGUGUUGGUUUGCAACCAUGACCAAGCCAAGGACUGCAUAAAGCCAUAUAUCAGGGCAGUAAUGCAAGAACUGCUGCAUAUAAUUCGAGAAAUGGAGAAUGAUGACCUCAUCUCUGUCAUCCAGAGAAUGAUACACGAGUACAAUCAGGAAAUGACUGCUAUUGCAGUUGACUUAACUCAACAUCUGGCAGAGAUAUUUGGAAGAGUUCUCCAGAAUGAGGAAUAUAAGGAGGUAGAGUACAAGACAGAGAUGGCCAUGGGAAUUCUGAACACUAUUGACACUAUUCUCACAGUCGUUGAGGACCACCGAGAGAUAACGCAGCAGCUGGAGGGAAUUUGUUUACAUGUCAUUGGCCUCGUUGUAGAGAAACAUGUGAUGGAGUUCAAUGAGGAAAUUCUGUCACUCGCUUAUAGCUUGACUUGUCAGGCCAUUUCUCCUCAGAUGUGGCAGCUUCUCGGUGUUUUGUAUGAACUUUUUCAGCAAGACUGCUUUGAAUAUUUUACAGAUAUGAUGCCUCUUCUGCAUAACUAUGUUACAGUAGACACUGACACACUACUUUCUAGUCCAAAACAUUUAGAGAUAAUGUACAACAUGUGUAAAAAGGUGCUUACUGUAAAUACGGAUGAAGAUGCAGAGUGCCACGCAGCCAAGCUUUUAGAAGUAAUUGUCCUGCAGUGUAAAGGAAGAGGCAUCGAUCAGUGUAUUCCACUCUUUGUCGAAGCUGCACUGGAGAGGUUAACACGAGGAGUUAAAACAAGUGAACUCCGUACUAUGUGCCUUCAAGUUGUCAUAGCAGCUCUGUACUAUAGUCCUGUUCUUCUUCUGCACACCCUUGAAAAUAUUAGAUUCCCUCACAGUACUGAGCCAAUUACAGCACAGUUUAUUAACCAAUGGAUGAAUGACACUGAUUGUUUUCUUGGAGUGCAUGACAGAAAGAUGUGCAUCAUUGGACUGAGUAUCCUAAUUGACUUCCAGAACAGACCUCCUGCUGUCGAGACUGUUGCUGCACAGAUAGUACCUUCUAUCCUGCUCUUAUUCCUGGGUUUGAAACAAGUGUAUGCCAUGAGAACAGCCUCAGAGCAGGACGAGGGUAUGAGGGCUGAAGUAAUAGCUGAGGAAGAGAACGAGGAGAUCCCAAGUGAUGAAGAUGAAGUACGUGGAGGUGGAACAGUUACACAAGAACAAACCUGUAAUGAGAGUCAGGAAAAUGCUAGCAGUGAUGAAGAGGAUGCAGAAUGGGAUGAAGAUGGACUGGAGGAGACUGCACUAGAAGGUUUCAGUACACCUCUUGACCUGGACGAUAGUUUUGAUGAAUAUCAGUUUUUCACAUUAGCACUUCUGAAGGCACAACAGUCAGAUACGGCCUGGUAUAAUUCUCUAACAUCACGUUUGAGUGAGGAUCAGAAAAAGCAUCUUCAAGAAAUCUAUGCAAUGGCAGAACAGAGACGAGGUGCUGGAGAUUCCAAGAAAGAUUGAACAGCUGUGUCUCUACAUUUUUGACAGUAAAGGAGUGGCAGUUACAUUUAAUUUGGGGACAGAAUCAUCUGGUAGCAAGUAGCCUGAAUGUCAGUGUAUCACAGGAGCACUCUUCAUCACUCUGUGUAAAAGCAAUUGCUGACUUCAGAAAGUUUUUAUUCCUUCUGUUGCUACCUGUGCAUCAUCUGUAGGGUUUAAUAAUGCUCUUGAACAUUGUUACCAACUGACAUGAUAAAGAAUCACAUUCAUUGUUUAGACUGAAAGAAUACUAAAGGCUUCAGAGGCACCAGGUGAAAGUAAGUUUCCAGAAGCAUGUUCUUUCUCAGGUUUUGCCAAAAGGAAUGUGAGGAUUUAUGUGACUAAUAGUGCCUUUUGUUGUAUAUUGGGUGCCUGACAUUCUUUCAGACUGAAGUAUUGCAGAGAACUGUACAUAGCACAGGCACGCCAAAUGCCUGUCCCUCAUUCUGGUCUUAGAUAUGUAUGCGAUUACUGGUGCUUUAUGUUCACUAAUUGUGCUCAGAUCUUAUAGUUAUUUGAAGAUAUUUAGCAUACAUCCCCCUGUACUAUUACCAUUAUAUUUUAUUUUUCAAAGAAUAUGAUAGCUCUUUAUGAUGAUGCCAACCAUGUCUGAUAUUUUCACUUUAAUAGCAAAUGAUUUACUUGUGCUGUUGGUGAAUCCAUUUGGUCUUGCUUUUUUUUUUUUAAUGUGCAAACUCGGUCAUGUUCUUCUGUGUUCACAACAUACAAAGUGUUGUACUUUGGUGAUGUUCCCCUGUUAUGAGUUUGCCCAUGCUGAAAUUGUUAGAUUCCUGAUGUGAUUAUAAUGACGUCAUAUGACCUUAUGGAGGGUUAUAACUAGAACCUGCAGUAGAAUAAUGCUUCAUUAUGCCACUUAAUCCAGAAAUGUCUUCGCUCACAAGUUUUAAUGUUUUGUAAUUUCCAAAAUAAAUAUUUAGUCUUUUAAAAUAAAAAGAAUACAUUUGUAAUAAGGUGUUAAAGAAAUGAGAGCUAGUUAAAUUCAGAGAAGUCCCCUACCUUUAUUAUGUUGUGAUUUUUUUAAGCGUCAUAAUUGAAGUCUUUUAGAAGGAACAAUAAUAACCAUGUUUUACAGCUACGUUAAGUCCAACGUGAAGCAAUGUUCAUGUAGUUAGUACUGUUUUCAUCUGAUGCUUGAAGCAGUCGUGGUCAGUAAAAUUAUACUGUAAAUCUAAUUUGUGACAGCUGUUUGGGUUCCUCUGCAGUAGUUCCAGACUAGGAACACUCCUUUUGAUGGUCAGCUGCACUCACUGUAGGGAAGGUUAGCGUUAACCCCCCCCCCCCCCUUUCAGUUCUUAACCUGCUACUUUGUGGACUGACUGCAAUGCUUAGUAAGAGUUUUGUGCAAUGUUGUUACAAAUAUUUAUUUUUGUCAGUUGUGAAUUCAUAUUAUUUGUUUUCAGUUUUAUCAUUUUUCUCUGUUUUUACCCCCCGCCUGUCAUCAAAAAUGAUUUGACCAGUCUGUUUCAUCCUUCUUUUGUGAGAGUCUGUCAUGGGAGGCCAUCAUCCUAGUUGCUAUUGUGAUUCUCUUGUAGAGCCCCAUUUCCUGUCUCCUCAAUAGCCUGUUAGUAGUGGUGACUGAUGCAUGGUUAGAUCUCAGCUGUAUCAGUGAUGUACUGCUUAAUGGCUAUUCCACUUAUAUCACUGACGUACUGCUUAAUGGCUGUUCCACUUAUAUCAUUGAUGUACUGCUUAGUGGCUAUUCCACUGUUGGGUGACUAAUUGAUCCAGGGUUGACGAGGUCAUAGUUAGGUCUUUAUUAUUUCAUACAAGAGAAUUGUCAGCUUUUCCCAUCUUUGGAUGUCUUUUUCUGCAAUUGCUGCUUUGUCUCUAUUCCACUAAUGUUCUUGCAAGGAAGAGAUAGGUAGACUAGACAAUCAUGCAACCAGUCUGUAUCUUCAACCUUCAUCCAUCUCAGAUACUAGACAAAACUGCCAAAUAUAAUGGACUGAUGUUUUUCCUAUCAGAAGGCUAAGCAAGUCCUUGUAGCAAAGAUGUUAAAGAAAAACAUGAUUUUGGGCUGUUAUUUCAAAGAGGACCUGAAGUGAGCUUAUGCUUCCCUUCCCUGUUCUCUCGUACUACUGUUCAGAUUUCUCAGUAAGACUCAUGAUCAGGGAAGGUAUGGACACUUUGGUCAUGCAUCUCAACCUCUAAGAGGAAGAAAUCUAGACAAAUUUAAAAAUAAUGGGGGGUGGUAAAGACCCAAAGUUAGGGAGUGUUUUUGAACUGUUGCUGUUACAAACCUAGAAAGUUGUUAGAAUAGUUGACUUUGUGUUAUGCAUUUUGUGAAGGAUAUGAAGUCUAAAACUCAAUUGUAUGUCAUCAUUUAGUGACCUCAGUCCUUGUGAUUUGCUAGAAAACCAUACAUUUUAUGAAGAACAGACAAGAAUAUGAGGCAGAACUCUGGACAUUCUGCGAAAAUCUGAGCAGUUGAGAUGUAUGACUUUGUCCCAUCCUCUAAGCUAAGAAGCAUACUGAGUGGUAUACCUCUCAACUUCUUUGCUGAAUAAUUCUGGGCAAAUUGAAAAUAAUGGGGACAAAGGCCAAAAAAUACGAGACGUUUCUAAAUCUGCUUAAUUCACUUAAAAGUUAACAGAACAACAGGUUUUGCAUCAGCAUGCAUUUUCAGACAAGAUGGGUAUGAAAUUAUUAUGUCUGUCAGUAUUGACUGACUGUAAUCCCCAGUGAUUUAUCUGAAAAUCAAUUUUAUGAGGGGUAGACCAAAAUAUGGGGCAAAAUGAGAUAUAAUCUUCAGAAUCAGGGACAGUGAAGAGUUAUGCUCUGUGGCCCCCCUUGUUUUCUGUCUGCUUAUACUGUUCAGUUCUUAUAAUUUGUUGUUGGAGGGUACCUUUGUUCAGUAUCUGAAAAGAGUAGACAUUCUGAGUUCUUGUGCAGUUGUUAUACUGCUGUCUUAAACAUUGUAAACGUUGUGUAAUUUUUAAGAUUAGAAUAUGAUAUUUUGUGUAAAUUGAGCCAGCACCACUUUACUGCAUAAGGCUUUGCUUGGAUGCAGUCUUCAUCAUAAAUGGAAAUGUUAGAUGGCCUGGAAAGGAUGCUUGGCAUGAGCAGGAGCAAUGCAAGCUAAUCACAGCAAAAAAAGUGACUCUGUCAAGGCUUUAACAUAAGAAACAGAUCACUAAAUGGUUACAAGAAAAAAGAAAAAAAUGAUGGAAGCCACAGACCAAAAAGACAGUUAGAAAGAGCCCACUCAUUGAACACAAAUAGACUGAAAUAUAUUAACAAAACAAGAGAACAAAAUGGCAAGCUUUUGGAAAAUGCAACAUGUACCUUAUAUCAUUGUUUGUGUCAAAUGUAAAAAUGCAUUUCUCCCUGUCACCAUUUAAGUACGACUGUUCAGCAAUUCACAGCAUAGGUUCAGUAAAAAGUUCCCUAGUCAUGCAACUUCUUGAAUUAAUGAAUCAACUGCAUUACUUUGGCAACUGGCAAUAAAUUGGAUAAAGCAAAACAUGGUGCAGAUGAAGCUUUGUGCAUUACAAAGAAUUAUUAUUGGGUUUCAGAUCGUAACUGUCCAUUAUGUGUUCUCGACAUGGAUGCCAGGAUUCACCUCUUGAUCUUCUCCGUUGAGGUGAUUUUCUUGGCAUCCAUGUCUCAAACACAUAAUUCUAUGGUAACGAUCAGAAACCAAAUCAUAAUCCUCUAUGGGCAGGAUGGAUAAAAAUGUAUGGUAUGUGCUGCAAUCUGAACAAGAGAACAUACUUUUUGUAUGAUUAUCCUUUCUCUCUCCCCCUCUCCAAAAUGUUCUAUAAAUUUCAUGUUCGUCUGUAUUUAAAAGUGUGAAAUAGGCCCUUGAUUUGCCUUUUUAUGCUUUAUUCAAUAAUGCCUGCUUGGCAGUCAGUAAAUUAAGUUAAAAUCCCUGACUGUCAUCAGGCUGUAUUGUGGUUGCCUAGAGCAGUGAAUCACAAAAACAUUAAGUGGGAAAAUAUGAAAACAGCUUUUUGCAGUUCUUUUUUUAGCUGAACUAAUUUUCUGACAUUUAAUGUUCUUAAUCAGAGCACCAAAUACAGCAUGAUCAACGCAGUUGGCAUUAAUAAGGUAAAAUUUCCUAUUGUUUCUUUUAAAGAAGAUAAUGUAUGUGUUUAGGAAACAUGAAUUACUUACUGAAAUCCCCAUAGUAAUGUCACUUCACUAUAGCAUGCUUUGUUUUUUCUUAAGCAACACAAGGAAUGAAAAAAUAACUGUGGUAGUCUGUAUUUUAUAAACGCUUAUAUUCUACUGCAGCCCCACCCACCCCCACCACUGCUAAAAUGUAUUGCUGACUUUCUAAAGCAAAUGCAAGUAGCAAAUCUUUGAAAUUGAUUAUAACAUUCCUGUUACCAUAUUUAAUACCAUGUUAUACAGUUUUUGUUGCAAGUGUAUUGUUUUUGCAUUUUAUUUGAUAACUAAGGCCCUUCAAUUUUUUUUUUCUUUGAGCUGAAAAUGCUUUCUGUGAUGUUGCGAAUGACUGACCCCACAGUGUCACUAUUUUUCUGCUAAAUGUGUCCUUAGUUUCUUACUUUCUAGAGAGACACUUCGCAUGUUUAUGUAAAUCAUUAGCCAGUACCUGCCAUGAUGCUAUUACAAGGGUGUGAUUAUAAA